UCUAAGGAACCUGGAACAAAGGGAUCCCGGACUUAGGUGAUAUUUAGUUAUUCCUCUAGCCCCCAGGGGCCCUUGGCCCCAAUCCAAUCAUGAUGUCCCCGCUGUGCUGGACUUCGGCCCCCGUCCAACCUGCUCAGGAAAUUGUUUCGACCACCACCAAGGGCAAAGGCGGUAAUCAAUCCCAGACUGGUGGCAAGAGCAAGAGCAAAGGACAGGCCUGGUCGACGCUACACCUCAGGUCUAGACGCCAGCAAGCCAGUGUCAACAAAUCCGCCGUGCAAACGCAAGUGGCUGAAUUACAAAGAAAGAUACAACUACUUGAGGGUGACCGGAAGGCCUUUUAUGAGAGCUCACAGUGGAGCAUCAAGAAGAAUCAGGAUGCCAUCAACCUGCUCCGUGAGAAGAUCAGAGAGCUGCAGAUCCAGCUCAAAGACCUCUUGCAGGGAGAAGAGAAGGUGGUGAAGGUCGUGAUGCAGGAGUGGAGGUCAGAGGCUCCAUACCUGAAGAACAGGAACAUCCAGCAGUCCCUGGAGCACCUGGACCAUCGGCUGAACGAGAAGAUGAAGCAACUGAAUGCACUGCGGCACCAGGUGUGCCUGAAGCAGAAGCGCCUGGAGGAGCUGCAGCUGCAGCAUGACCUGCGGGAGCUGGAGAUGGCAGAGAUGCAGGACAACAAUACGGAUUUGGCCAAGACCAUGCGGAACCUGGAGAACCGCCUGGAGAAGGCUCGAAUGAAGGCAGAGGAAGCUGAACACAUUACCAGUGUUUACUUGCAGCUCAAGGCCUAUCUCCAGGAGGACAGCUUGAACUUGGAGAACCGGCUGGAUUCCAUGGAGGCUGAAGUGCUCAGGACGAAGCAUGAGCUGGAAGAAUUGCACGUGGUGAAUCAGGAGGCAAUCAAUGCCCGGGACAUCGCCAAGAACCAGCUGCAAUUUCUAGAGGAGACCGUAUAUCGGGAGCGCAAGAAACGCGAGCGCCAUGUCACAGAGUUUAAGAAGCGAGCGGAGGACAGAAAAAUGCAGAAUGAACGAAUGGAGCGGAAGACACAACGCGAGAACAUGUUGCUGCAGUCCGAGGACACGAUUCAGGAUCACCUACUCGCCAAGGAGGCGGAGCUGAAGCAACGCUGGAGCAUGUACCAGAUGGAGAUGCUCUUCAGCAAGGUCAAGGACGCCACCGGUGUGGCCGAAACGCACGCGGUGGUGCGGCGCUUCCUGGCCCAGGGUGACACCUUCGCUCAGUUGGAGACUCUCAAAAGGGAGAAUGAGCUAAUGCUGCUGAAGCUGAAAGAGGAGAAAAAGCGUCUGCAGCAGGAGCUCGAGAACCUCAAAUACUCUGGGGAGACAACGCUGGUGAGAGAGCAAAAGCUGAAGAGCGAGAUGCAGGAGCGCGUCAAGGCGCAAGAGCAGCGACGCACUGAGGCCCAGGACAAGCUGGAGCGUGCCCUGCGGACGCUGCAAACAGCCAGGGACGGCCUGGAGCACCUGGCCCGCAAGCUGAACCACGUAGUUGUGGAGGAUGGUGUCUUCUCGAAAAAGGAGCUUGAUCCCAAAGCCCCCGACUUUCUGCUCAACCUGCUGGGCCUCGUGGAGGAAAAACUGCUGAAGCUGCAGGCACAACUCCAGAAUCACAAUGUGCAGGAGAUGCUGCAACGCAUCACAGACCGCGAGUUCACCACCAAUCUCGAGGGAAAGCUGCCCCUGUACAACACCCGCAUCCAUAUGCCACGCACCAUUGCCACCAAGGACAAGUUCUUUGACGAGGAAGAAACUGAGGACGAGGACAACGACGUGGUGAGCCGUGCCUCGCUCAAGAUCCGCUCCCAGAAACUGAUCGAAUCCCGCAGCAAGAAGCGGGGCCGCUCGCGGAGGAACUAGGCGCGCGCGCUCGCUGGCGCGUCUGGAGCCUGCCCAGCUCCCCCACCGCCCCCAUCCCUCGGAGCCCAGCGGCGGGCCCAGCCCAGGGGCCUCUUCCAGGGCUGACCGCCCAGCCCAGAGCCGGACCCGGGAGCCGUUCGGGCGGGUGGCGCCCCAACGGAGA